UAUAGCUUCUUUAAAUAUGCACGAAAGAAAGAAUUGAUCCAAAAAUAAUUCCAAGUAUUCCAUUUCCAGGGCUAAAAACAAUGGAAUAAAUUAAGGAAUAUGGUUUUUUUUCUUUUUUCUGGUUAAAUAAAUUAAAGAAAGAAAAAGAGGAAGAAGGUGAGAAAAGUAGCAGAAAGAAAGCAAAAUAAAAAAACAAAAGGAAACGCUACCUCUCUUCUUCUUCUGUUUAUCAAAUCGAUCAUCAAAUUGUAGUAUAAAAGUUGGAUCCAAUUUCAUCUAGAUUCGCUUUUAAAGAAGAAGAGAAAAGGGAAAAAGGGGGUAAUGGGACAAGCUUUUCGCAAGCUAUUUGAUACUUUCUUCGGCAACUGUGAGAUGAGGGUUGUGAUGCUAGGGCUGGAUGCAGCUGGGAAAACAACUAUACUGUACAAGCUGCAUAUAGGAGAAGUUCUGUCCACAGUUCCGACUAUUGGUUUCAAUGUAGAAAAAGUGCAGUACAAGAAUGUGGUUUUUACUGUGUGGGACGUUGGUGGACAAGAGAAAUUAAGGCCACUCUGGAGGCAUUAUUUCAAUAACACAGAUGGACUGAUUUACGUUGUCGACUCUUUGGAUCGAGAGAGAAUCGGAAAGGCAAAGCAAGAGUUUCAGGCUAUCAUCAGAGAUCCAUUUAUGCUUAAUGCUGUCAUCUUGGUUUUUGCUAACAAGCAGGACAUGAAAGGAGCAAUGACUCCAAUGGAAGUGUGUGAAGGUCUCGGUCUUUAUGAUCUUAAAAACCGAAAAUGGCAUAUACAAGGUGCAUGUGCUCUUCGAGGGGAUGGCCUAUAUGAGGGACUGGACUGGUUAUCGAGCACUCUGAAAGAUGUCAAGGCUGCUGGAUACUCUUCCGUGGGCACUUCAGCCUUCUGAUUGAUCAGGCCUACCAAGAAUCUAUUUUGAGGGACAAAGCUGAAUACCCUGCCGCCUGUAAAUUAGAAUGCCUGAACUCUCAUCAAAUAUUUUUACUUGGUUCGUUUGGAUCUGUGCUUUUAUGCAGUGGAAUACUGACCUAGGGUGAAGCUUGAUUUUUGAUUCUGCUGCAUGCUGAAAAUGUGAGCUUUGCAAUUUGGUCUUCUCUGUACACGAGAAUUGUCUGUAGUAUUUUAAGCUUGUAUACUUCCACAUGAAAUAGGUGGUUAAUGAUCUCCCUAACAAGCAUGCGAAAUCGAUCCACCCUGCUCCAUGAGAAGUUUGUCCCUAUAAUGUCGAUAUCAUUCACGUUCUUGCCUCUUAGCGUGUGUUCUUGUGGAACAGUUUAUCUACAAUGAAACAUACGGUAUAUCUUUUGACACAA